GGCGGCGAUUUGUAAACGCUGCCGCGCGAGUAUGUUCAUUCUUGUUCGAGACUUCAACGGGUACAUAUCGUGCAAUAAAAAGAAAUAAACGGAGUAUACACACAAGGAGCAUCAAUCAUUCAGCUAAAGCCCAUAUAACCGUUAAGCGUUAUCUAACAUAAACAAAAAAGUUUUUCAAAAAACUACAAAAAACAUCCAGAAACAAAAUGUCUGCAGCCACAGAACAACAGAAUAACGGUGAUGUUGCCGUCGAAAAGGUGGCCGUCAAGGACGAUGUCGCCGCGGUGAAGGACGAUCUCAAAGCCAAGGCAGCCAGCGAGGAUAAGGCAGCAGCCGAUGCCGCUGGCGACGCGGCCGCUGAUAACGGUACGGCAAAGGACGGCGAGGAUGCUGCCGCUGCCGCCCCCGCUAAGGAAUCAGUGAAAGGCACCAAGAGGCCAGCAGAAGCCAAAUCCGCCGAAUCAAAGAAGGCCAAGAAGGCCGCCGACGGCGACUCUGACGAGGAGGAGGCUCUGGAAGAAAUCAUCGAGGGCGACAGUGAAAUCGAGAGCGACGAAUACGACAUACCCUAUGAUGGUGAGGAGGAUGACAUUGAAUGUGAUGACGAUGAUGAUGAUAAUGACGAUGGUUCCGGCUCGGACGAUCAAGCGUAAUAAUAAUGUAGUCAAAAAUACAACAAAA